AACACAAGAAGGAGAAAAGUCACUCAAAUAAAGGACAGUAAAGAGGAGCGAGGUUUGUGAAGGAGCAAGGGACAUAAGACGUCAAUCACAUUGGGUUGUUAAAGUAUUUAGAAACCUCUUUUAAAAUGAAAGAUCACUGUUUGAUUCUUCUAGUCCUGUCAUUCUCAGCGAUCAGCGUACAGGCCUUAUGGAGGUUAAAACUGAAGAAAAUGCCCUCCAUACGAGAAACCCUCAAGGAAAUAGGUGUCACUCCAGCUCAAGUGCUGUCUGAGAUUAUGCCAAAAUUUAAUGAACCCUCACCCACCAAUGGCACAGCACCGACAGCUCUAAUUAACUACUUGGAUACUCAAUACUUUGGUGAGAUCAGUAUUGGUUCACCAGCUCAGAUGUUCAACGUAGUGUUUGACACUGGUUCUGCGAACCUUUGGGUUCCCUCACAUAGCUGUUCUCCUCUAUACACAGCCUGUUUCACACACAACAGGUAUGAUGCUUCCAAAUCCCUAACUCACAUUUUCAAUGGCACGGGAUUCUCCAUCCAGUACGCUUCUGGAAACGUCCGGGGAUUUCUGAGCGAGGAUGUGGUUGUUGUCGGUGGUAUUCCCGUUGUGCAGGUUUUCGCAGAGGCGACGGCUCUUCCUGCGAUUCCAUUCAUCUUUGCCAAGUUUGACGGAGUGUUAGGGAUGGGUUAUCCAAGUGCAGCCAUUGAUGGAAUUACACCUGUUUUUGAUCGCAUCAUGUCACAACAUAUCCUAAAUGAGGAUGUUUUCUCUGUGUACUACAGUAGGGACCCAACACACAUACCUGGGGGAGAGCUUGUACUGGGGGGCACAGACCCGAAGUACCACACUGGCUCUUUCCACUAUGUCAGUACCAAAGAGGAAGGCAAAUGGGAGGUCACCAUGAAAGGAGUUUCGGUGGGGGCAGACAUGCUGUUUUGCAUGGACGGCUGUACGGCUGUGAUUGAUACUGGCUCCUCCUACAUCACAGGACCUGCCUCCUCUGUUUCUAUUCUGAUGAAAACAAUUGGGGCAGUUGAGCUGGCUGAGGGAGGGUACACUGUGAACUGUGAUCUGGUGAAGUCUUUGCCCAUUGUGGCCUUUCAUCUUGGUGGUCAGGAAUAUCCUCUCACAGAAGAGGACUAUAUUCUCAAGCAGUCAGAGUUUGGGGAGGACAUCUGUACUGUGACCUUCAAAGCGUUGGAUGUGCCUCCCCCUACUGGUCCCGUGUGGAUACUGGGGGCAAACUUCAUUGCUCGAUAUUAUACCGAGUUUGAUCGAAGAAACAAUCGUAUUGGCUUCGCUCGAGCAGUCUGACAACCACUGGGAUCACUUUGACUUUAGCCUAACAUCAUAUUGCACAUAUCACAUAUAAACUACAAGUAGAUGGCCACUUGAUCUGUCACAUAAGUUUUAAUUGCUGUCCUCUUAAGAGCUUAUUUUUAGUUCCAUUUAUUUUUCUGUGAUCCAAGUUUGGAUUAGUAUAGUGGGGCUGGUUAAAGAACAGCAAAUUAUUUAUCAUCUGUCAGGAGUGAUUUUUUUACAACAGAGGGAUAUGUGGGUUUAUUAUAUUUUUUGCUAACUAGCUCAGAGAGGGAAAAUAGUGUUGAAUUCCCUUGCAAAAUUAAACACACUUUGUGUGUUUCUGUGUUAGGUUUUGCAACUCAUUUAUAUUAUUUGCAUUAUUCUGUCCUGUCUCUGAUUUUAAGUAAACUGAUUUAUGUACUGUGACUUUGGCCUCAAAAAAAAUAAAUUAAAAUAAAAUAAAAUAAAAAAUAAUAUAAUAAAAAAAAAAAUAAUGAUUACUACAUGGAAAAUAAACACAUUUGCCCAAGAAAUCCACUUGCAUUUUGCACCACUUUAUUCACCAUAGUAAUCUACUAAUAGUUAACACUUUACCGUAAGGUUCUAUUCAUUAACAUUAGUAAAAAGAACAGUUCACCCAGAAAUAAAAAUUCUCUCAUUAUUUACUCACCCUCACACCA